AUGGGCGAGAUCAAGCUGACCCCAGAAUUUGAUGAUCGACAGACUCACCUAGAGUCUGAGCAAUACAACUACCAGCCCUAUGAAUACCAGACAGAAAACAACGACUCGUGGGCUGGUGCUCUUCCGGUGAAGCAGGGGUUGUAUGAUCCCUCACUCGAGAAAGAUGCGUGCGGUGUGGGCUUUGCUUGCCACAUCAAGGGCAAGGCUAGCCACAAAAUCGUUAGCGAUGCGCGAAACCUUCUAUGCAACAUGACCCAUCGUGGUGCCGUGGGAUCUGAUGCGCGAGAUGGUGAUGGUGCUGGUGUCAUGACAUCCAUUCCCCACAAGUUCUUUGUCAAGAACUUUGAGCGUGAGGAGGGCAUCAAGCUUCCUCCAUUGGGACAGUACGCUGUGGGCAAUCUGUUCUUCAAGCCUGAUCCAGAGACCCUGCAAGAGUCCAAGCGGCAGUUGGAAGAUAUUGCCGAGUCCUUGGGCUUGAGAGUCCUCGGGUGGCGAGAGCUUCCCGUGGACUCCACUCUCCUUGGUCCGGCUGCUGCUUCUCGCGAGCCUACCAUUCUGCAGCCCUUUGUGGUUCUCCAGUCUGCCUAUGGCUCUGGGGAUGCUCCUGAGAUUACGGACGCAGACAAGUUCGAUGACAGGUUGUUCGAGAGACAACUCUAUGUCCUCCGGAAGCGUGCCACCCGCACCGUCGGGCUUCAGAACUGGUUCUACAUCUGCUCUCUGUCGAACAAGAACAUUGUUUACAAGGGACAGUUGGCUCCAGUACAAGUCUACCAAUACUACCACGAUUUGGUGAAUGCUGAUUAUGAGGCGCACUUUGCCUUGGUACACUCGCGUUUCUCUACCAACACCUUCCCAUCUUGGGACCGUGCUCAGCCCCUGAGAUGGGCCGCUCACAACGGUGAAAUCAACACUCUCCGUGGUAACAAGAACUGGAUGCGCGCUCGUGAGGGUGUCAUGCAGUCUGACAUUUUCGGUGAUGAGCUCGAGGACCUCUACCCGGUCGUUGAGGAUGGUGGUUCUGAUUCCGCUGCCUUUGACAACGUGUUGGAGCUCCUCACCAUCAAUGGUGUUCUUUCUCUCCCAGAGGCCGUCAUGCUCAUGGUCCCCGAGGCCUGGCAGGGCAACAGUGCCAUGGACCCCAAGAAGGCCGCAUUCUACGAGUGGGCUGCUUGCCAGAUGGAGCCCUGGGACGGUCCUGCUCUCUUCACCUUUGCCGAUGGUCGUUUCUGCGGUGCCAACCUUGACCGUAACGGUCUUCGCCCUUGCCGCUUCUACGUGAUGGAUGAUGACCGCAUCAUCUGCGCUUCCGAAGUUGGUACCAUCCCCGUUGAGCCCGAAAGAAUCAUUCAGAAGGGCCGUCUGCAGCCUGGCCGCAUGCUUCUCGUCGACACUCACGCCGGUCGUAUUAUCGAUGACAGCGAGCUCAAGGCUGCUGUUUCCACCCGUCAGGACUUCAGAUCCUGGCUCGAUGAGAACCUGAUUACCAUGCCCAAUGUCUUGGAGAAGGUUGGCGAGGACAAGAGCGUUGUGCUCGCCGCCAAGCCUGAUGACUUCAAGCUCCAGGAGGACCCUCUUCUGCAUGCUUUCGGCUACACCUUUGAACAGGUCAGCUUGCUGCUCGCUCCGAUGGCCUCUGACGAGAAGGAGGCUCUCGGUUCCAUGGGUAACGAUGCUCCUCUUGCAUGCCUGUCUCAGGCCCCCAAGCUGCUCUAUGAGUACUUCCGUCAGCUGUUCGCUCAGGUCACCAACCCUCCUAUCGAUCCCAUCAGAGAGUCCAUCGUCAUGUCUCUAGAGUGCUAUGUCGGACCUCAGGGCAACCUUUUGGAGAUGGAUGCUUCCCAGUGCGGCAGACUCCUCCUGCCCAGCCCCAUCCUUUCCAUUGAGGAGUUCAAUGCCUUGAACAACAUGUCCAAGCUCUACCCCGAGUGGACCGUCAAGACCAUUGACAUCACCUUCCCCAAGACCGAGGGUGUCCAGGGCUACAUCAACCACCUUGACUACAUCUGCAAGGAGGCCACUGCCGCCAUCGAGGCUCGCGAUCGCAUCAUUGUCCUGACUGACCGCAACACAUCCAAGGAUCGCGUUGCUGUCUCUGCCCUGUUGGCUUCUGGUAUGGUUCACCAUCAUCUUGUUGCCAACAAGUGGCGUUCCAUGGCUGCUCUCGUCGUUGAGACUGCCGAAGCUCGUGAGGUUCACCAUAUGUGUGUGCUUCUCGGGUACGGCGUGGAUGCCAUCAACCCCUACCUUGCGAUGGAGUGCAUCCUCAAGCUCAACAAGGAGAAGCUCAUCAAGAAGAAGCUCACCGACGAGCAGCUGAUCCACAACUACAAGCACUCUGUUGACGGCGGUAUCUUGAAGGUCAUGAGCAAGAUGGGUAUUUCUACCCUCGCCAGUUACAAGGGUGCUCAGAUCUUCGAGGCUCUCGGUGUUGACGACAGCGUUGUCGACCGCUGCUUCCGCGGCACUGCCUCCCGCAUCAAGGGUAUCACUUUCGAGCUCAUUGCUGAGGACGCUUUCCGCCUCCACGAGCGUGGUUUCCCCUCGCGCUACACUGUUGGUGUUGCUGGCCUUCCCGAGUCUGGCGAGUACCACUGGCGUGAUGGUGGUGAAGCUCACAUCAACGACCCCACGUCGAUUGCCAACAUCCAGGACGCCGUCCGCACCAAGAACGACAAGUCAUACGAGGCCUACUCCCGCUCCGAGUAUGAGCAGAUCAAGGCCUGCACGCUCCGCGGCAUGCUCGACUUCAAGUUUGAGGAGACCACUCCCAUCCCCAUCGAGCAGGUUGAGCCCUGGACCGAGAUCGUGCGCCGCUUCUGCACUGGUGCCAUGUCUUAUGGUUCUAUUUCCAUGGAGUCUCACUCCACUCUCGCUGUGGCCAUGAACAGACUUGGUGGCAAGUCCAACACCGGUGAAGGUGGUGAGGAUCCUGAGCGCUCGCAGGUCAUGCCCAACGGCGAUACCAUGCGCUCUGCCAUCAAGCAGGUUGCCUCUGGCCGUUUCGGUGUCACGUCCGCCUACCUUGCCGACUCUGAUGAGCUUCAGAUCAAGAUGGCCCAGGGUGCCAAGCCCGGUGAGGGUGGUGAGCUGCCCGGCCACAAGGUCUCCAAGUCCAUUGCCCGCACUCGUCACUCGACCCCUGGUGUCGGUUUGAUCUCGCCUCCUCCUCAUCACGAUAUUUACUCGAUCGAGGAUUUGAAGCAGCUCAUUUACGACCUCAAGUGUUCGAGCCCUCGCUCGCGUGUGUCAGUGAAGCUUGUGUCCGAAACUGGUGUUGGUAUUGUUGCCUCUGGUGUGGCCAAGGCCAAGGCUGAUCACAUCUUGAUCUCUGGUCACGAUGGUGGUACCGGUGCUUCGCGCUGGACUGGUAUCAAGUAUGCCGGUCUCCCUUGGGAGUUGGGUCUUGCCGAGACUCAUCAGACUUUGGUCUUGAACGAUCUUCGUGGCCGUGUUGUUGUCCAGACUGAUGGUCAGCUCCGCACUGGUCGCGAUGUCGCCCUUGCUUGCUUGCUUGGUGCCGAGGAAUGGGGUUUCGCUACCACCCCCUUGAUUGCGAUGGGUUGCAUCAUGAACACUUGCCCUGUCGGUAUCGCCACCCAGGAUCCUGAGCUUCGCAAGAAGUUCACUGGUACUCCCGAGCACGUCAUCAACUUCUUCUACUAUGUUGCCAACGAGCUCCGUGCCAUCAUGGCCAAGCUUGGCUUCCGCACUGUGAACGAGAUGAUCGGUCGUGCUGAGGUCCUCAAGGUUCGCGAGGAUCUGCGCACCAACAAGACCGCUAACAUCGAUCUUUCUCUCAUUCUCACGCCUGCCCACAAGCUUCGCCCCGGUGUCGCCACCUUCAACGUCCGCAAGCAGGACCAUCGCCUCUACGUCCGCCUCGACAACAAGCUCAUCUCCGAGGCCGAGUUGACUCUUGACAAGGGUCUUCCCUCCCGCAUCGAGUGCGACAUUGUCAACACCGAUCGUGCCAUGGGUACUUCGCUCUCCUACCACGUCUCCAAGAGAUUUGGCGAGGCUGGUCUCCCCAUGGAUACCAUCCACGUCAACAUCAAGGGCUCAGCCGGUCAGUCCUUCGGUGCUUUCCUCGCUCCUGGUAUCACCCUGGAGCUCGAGGGUGAUGCCAACGACUAUGUCGGCAAGGGCUUGUCUGGUGGUCGCUUGAUCGUGUACCCUCCUCGCUCGGCCGUCUUCAAGGCUGAGGAGAACAUUCUCAUCGGCAACGUCUGCUUGUAUGGUGCUACCAGCGGUACUGCCUUCUUCCGUGGUGUUGCUGCUGAGCGUUUCGCCGUCCGCAACUCCGGUGCCACCGCUGUCGUUGAGGGUGUUGGUGACCACGGUUGCGAGUACAUGACUGGUGGCCGCAUCGUCAUUCUUGGCAGCACUGGCCGCAACUUCGCUGCCGGUAUGUCUGGUGGUAUCGCCUACGUCCUUGACAUCCACCAGGACUUCCUCACCAAGCUCAACACCGAAAUGGUGGAGGCUGGCCCCGUCGAGGACCCCGAGGAAGUUGCCUACCUCCGCGGUCUCAUCGAGGAUCACCACCACUACACUGGCUCCGAGCUUGCGGCCCGCAUCCUGGUCGACUUCAACCGCGCCCUUCCCCGUUUCAUCAAGGUCUUGCCUGUUGACUACAAGCGCGUCCUUGCCGAGGAGGCUGCUAAGGCUGCUGAGGCCAAGCGUGCUGAGUACAACCUUCCCAUCAUCUCUGGCGUUGAGCAGAAGAAGGAGGCCAAGAAGGAGGUCAAGAAGGAGCACACCGAGAAGCUUGCUGAUAUCGAAGAGAGCUUCGGUGACCAGACCCGUGACAAGAAGAAGGCUCUUGUGCUCGACAAAACCAAGGGCUUCAUGAAGUACCAGCGCCGCUCUGAGAAGUACCGCAGCGCCAAGACGCGUGUCAAGGACUGGGCCGAGCUUUCCCAGAGACUCGACGAGGACGAGCUCAAGUAUCAGUCCGCUCGCUGCAUGGACUGCGGUGUCCCCUUCUGCCAGUCUGAUACUGGUUGCCCCAUCUCCAACAUCAUUCCCAAGUGGAACGAGCUUGUUUUCCAGAACCAGUGGCAGGACGCCCUCAACCGUCUCCUCAUGACCAACAACUUCCCCGAGUUCACUGGUCGUGUUUGCCCUGCUCCCUGCGAGGGUGCUUGCGUUCUCGGCAUCAACGAAGACCCCGUUGGCAUCAAGUCCAUCGAGUGCGCCAUCAUUGACAGAGGUUUCGAGAAGGGCUGGAUGGUUCCCAACCCUCCCGAGGUCCGCACCGGCAAGAAGGUUGCCAUCAUUGGUUCUGGUCCCGCUGGUCUUGCUGCCGCCGAUCAGCUGAACAAGGCUGGCCAUCUUGUCACCGUCUACGAGCGUGCUGACCGUCUUGGUGGUCUGCUCAUGUAUGGUAUCCCCAACAUGAAGCUUGACAAGCGCAUCGUCGACAGACGCACCAAGUUCAUGGCCGACGAGGGUGUCAUCUUCAAGACCGGUGUUUCCAUCGGCGACGAUAUCAAGCUGAUGGAUCUCAAGGCUGAGAAUGAUGCUGUCAUCAUCGCCACCGGUGCCACUGUCGCUCGUGACCUUCCCAUCAAGGGCCGCAACCUCGAGGGCAUCCACUUCGCCAUGGAGUUCCUUCACAAGAACACCAAGUCUCUGCUUGACUCCGAGCUGGCUGACGGUUCUUACAUAUCUGCCAAGGACAAGCACGUCGUUGUCAUUGGUGGUGGUGAUACCGGUAACGACUGCAUCGGUACCUCUGUCCGCCACGGUGCCAAGUCGGUUGUCAACUUUGAGCUGCUGCCUCAGCCUCCCCCGGAGCGUGCGCGCGACAACCCGUGGCCCCAGUGGCCCCGCAUCUACCGUGUCGACUACGGUCACACUGAGGUGGCUCAACACACAGGCAAGGACCCCCGUGAGUUCUGCAUCAUGUCGGAGGAGUUUGUCGACGACGGCAGCGGCAAGGUGAAGGGCAUCAACACCGUCCGUGUUGAGUGGACCAAGUCUGCCAGCGGUGGUUGGGACAUGAAGAAGGUUGAGGGUUCUCAGCAGUUCUUCCCUGCCGACCUCGUCCUCUUGUCCAUGGGUUUCUUGGGACCUGAGGCUCGUGUCUUGGGUGACGAGAUCGAGAAGGACGCUCGCAAGAACGUCAAGACUCCUGCUGGGAAGUACAGCACCAAUGUGGAGGGUGUCUUCGCGGCUGGUGAUUGCCGUCGUGGACAGUCGCUUAUCGUUUGGGGUAUCAAUGAGGGUCGCCAGGCUGCUCGCGAGGUUGAUUUGUAUCUUGAGAAGAACACCAGCUUGCCUGUCACUGGUGGUAUUGUCAAGAGGACUGCUGAGGAGGUGUUUACUGCUAUUGCUUGA